AUAGAUUAUUUAUUAUCAUUGAUUGGAAGUUUAUUAUUGGUAAUUUGUGUAAUAGUAGGGGUAGCUUUUUUAACUUUAUUAGAGCGGAAAGUUUUAGGAUAUAUUCAAAUUCGUAAAGGACCUAAUAAAGUAGGAUUUAUAGGGUUAUUACAACCUUUUAGUGAUGCUGUAAAGUUAUUUACUAAGGAACAAACUUAUCCUUUAUUAUCUAAUUAUAUUUUUUAUUAUUUUUCUCCUAUUUUUUCUUUAUUUUUGUCUUUAUUAAUUUGAAUAAGUAUGCCUUAUUUAAUUAAAUUGUAUUCUUUUAAUUUAGGAGUUUUAUUUUUUUUAUGUAUUACUAGAUUAGGAGUUUAUACCGUAAUAGUGGCGGGGUGAUCUUCUAAUUCUAAUUAUGCUUUAUUAGGAGGAUUACGGGCUGUUGCACAAACUAUUUCUUAUGAAGUUAGAUUGGCUUUAAUUUUAUUGAGAUUUAUUUUUUUAAUUGGAAAUUAUAAUUUUUUGAAUUUUUUUAUAUAUCAGAAAUAUAUAUGAUUUAUUGUAUUUUGUUUUCCUUUAGGUCUCGUUUGAUUUGCAUCUUGUUUAGCUGAAACUAAUCGUACCCCUUUUGAUUUUGCUGAAGGGGAGUCUGAGUUAGUUUCAGGAUUUAAUGUAGAAUAUAGAAGAGGGGGAUUUGCUUUAAUUUUUUUAGCUGAAUAUUCUAGUAUUUUAUUUAUAAGUAUGUUAUUUAGAGUAAUUUUUUUAGGUAGAGAUAUUUAUAGAAUUUUAUUUUUUUUUAAAUUAACUAUUAUUUCUUUUUUUUUUAUUUGGGUUCGAGGGACUUUACCUCGGUUUCGGUAUGAUAAAUUAAUGUAUUUAGCUUGAAAGAGUUUUUUACCGAUGUCUUUAAAUUAUUUAUUUUUUUUUAUUGGGGUAAAAAUUUUUAUUUUAUCUAUAUUAUUUUAA